AUGGCCGUGUAUGUCUGGAUUACGGUAUCAGUCCGUUGGCACCACAACUGUCGUGCAUCUGACCGUCUGAGCAUGCUCUGGAUGGUUGGCAUUGACGAAUCUCAGUCAUGA